AAACAAGGACUUUGAGUUUAGGUUUAGAAAAACUAGGACUUUGUGUAGUUUAAUCUAUGAACUGGUUAAGAUUCUAUCAUGGAUGACCAAAACAUCCCAGACCCCGACCUGCUGUUUUCCUCAGAGGAUGAAAAGACAUUUGGUUCUGAGUCAGAGCUACCCUCUCUUCCCUUACCAGAUCUCCAUCACACACUACAGAGAUAUCUGGAGUCAGUUAAACCACAUGUCACAGAUGAGGAGUAUAGACAAACAGAAUUCAUUGUUCAGCAGUUCGCCUCAGGUGUUGGAAAGGAGCUGCACAAAAAACUAGCGGAAAAAGCUAGAAAUGAAAGAAACUGGUUAGAGAAAUUGUGGGAAGAGAAGAGAUAUCUAGAAUCAGAUAUCCCUUUAGCCCCCUUCAUGAACCUAAUUGGUUUAGGCCCCUAUUACCAUCAUUACUGGACCCCAAAGACAGGGACUCAACUAGAAAGGGCGGGAAUUUUGUUACACUACGACACCAAAUUCUGGCAGUUCAUUAGAAGGGAGAAAUUGAAAGCCGAAGUAGACAAUAAAGGGAGAAAACUCUGUAUGAACCAGUUUAGGAGGGCAUUCUCCACCUGUAGGAUACCAGGGAUCUUUAGGGAUCAACUAAUCUCUCACUUUAAGACAGAAUCAGAGGGACCAACACCCCUUCAUGCUGUGGUGUUAUACAAGGGGCGGUUUUUCUGUUUCGAUAUCGUGGAUGAGAACGAGGAACCCCUGAGACCCCCCGAGAUACAGCAUCAACUGACCUUAAUCAAAGACCUGUGUGAGAGGGAACCCCCGGGUAUCGGGCUUGGGGCUCUUACAGGGGAAACGAGAAAGAAAUGGGCAGAGGUCAGACGUCGACUAAGUGCUUUGCAUCCGGAGAACUUUUACAACCUAAAGAAAAUUGAAACAAGUAUAUUUACUAUUACACUUGAUGAUUUUGAGCCAAAAGAUAAUUCUGAGGCAUUUACCUACACAGGUGGAGGAGCAAAUCCCAGAGACAGAUGGUUUGACAAAUGUGUCAACCAUGUUUUCUAUAAAAAUGGAAUAUGUGCUUGUAUUUGUGAUCAUGCUCCUUUUGACGGAAUGGUAAUGGUGACAGGUUUCUACUAUAUUGAUAUUAAUAUUAAAAGGUCAAAGGGCAAAUGGCAGGGUUCUAUGGAAAUAAGAAACCUGGCAAAACCAACAGAAUUAAAAUUCCAUGUUGACAGUGUCGUUAUGGAGGCCAUUCUUGCUGCUGAGAAAUUCUUUUUAGCCAAUGCAGGUAAUCUCUCAUGUACAAUCUUUAAAUAUACAAAAUAUGGCAAGAAAAAGUUACGGAGGUGCAGAUAUCACCCUGACACACACGUACAACUGGCUCUGCAAUAUGCUUACUACAAAACCCACCACAAACCAGCCCCUGUACAUGAGCCUGCCACCACAAGAAGAUUUUACCACGGUCGAACAGAAACCUUAAGAUCAUGCACUAUGGAAGCAGUAGAGUUCUGUAGAGUGAUGUGUAGUGCUAACGCUUCGAUUCAAGAGCAGAAAUUUGCAUAUAUAAAGGCAGCAAACAAACACAAUAAGUUAAUGGAGGAAGCAAAAAAAUUAAGAGGAUGUGACAGACAUUUGCUUGGUUUAGCGACAAUAGCUGAUGAACUAGGCAUUCAAAGGCCAUUGCUGUUCCAAGAUAAAUCAUUUACAAAAAGUGGUGGGGGAGGAAAUUUUGAGUUGUUCACUAGCUUUAUAGGGUACACCCCAGUGUUUGGAGGAGUGGGUGCAAUGACUAAAGAUGGAUACGGAUGUUUCUACCACAUGGAAGACAACUACAUUGAGAUGGCUGUAACAACAUGGAGAACUAGUAACAUCGCCAACUCAGAAAAGUUUGCUCAGGUCAUUCAGGAAUGUUUGGACCACCUGGAUAGACUGUUACUAACAGACACACCAUUGACGGCAAAACUCUGAUAUUGUUUAAUCAGAAAGAUUGUAAGAGAAUUUAACAGUAUCAGAGAGUGAUCAUGGGUCAAGAACAGAGAGUCACUGCAUUCAAAAUGACUUUUUUAGAGCUAGGUUAAAAAAAAAAUUCUGUUGAAAUAUGGUGAAAUUGGGAUAAGAAGAGUACUUGCCAUAAUUUUGCUACACUUUUGUCUUAAAUGUUACAUUCCUUACGUUUUUUUAAUGUUUCACCAAUGUUCACCGACGUUUAUUAAUUUUUAUUAUAAUUUUUUUUUUAAAUUAUUAUAAAUCUUCAAUCACUUACAAUAGUCAGUAUCUAUAUGUAUUGUAUUUUGAGAAUCCAAAUAUAGAAUUUUUAAUUAUAUUCCGGUGACAAACU